CCCCGAUUUCUCCGCCGAGGAAUCGGCGAUUCCUUUCUCUAUCUUCUCCGUCUUCAUCUUCCUUUUUCUCCUCGCUCAUACCCACUUGGCUCGACCUCAGCUCUGUCGGUUCCUCCGCUUCCACCUCCGGGAUCGAUCUCGCGCCUAAAUCCGUCGAUCGCUGACGGUAUCUGGAUGCAUCUUAAGGCUCCCGAUCGCUUCGUGGAGUGAUUAGGGUCUUGGCUGCCUCCUCCUCCCAGUGAUAUCUUCAUCGCGCUGGUUUGUUUGCCGUCUGAUAUGUCGGGGCCACUGGAUCGGUUCGCCAGGCCUUGUUUUGAGGGUUUUUCAAGCCAUGAUGAACGAAAGGAACGGAGAUCAGAUAUUGAAAAUUCAGAAGAUGAGAGAAGGACACGAAUUGGAUCCUUGAAGAAAAAAGCUAUAAAUGCAUCUACUAGAUUUAGGCAUUCUUUAAGGAAAAAGAACAGGAGGAAGAGUGAUAGCCGAGUCAUUUCUGUUUCAAUUGAGGAUAUAAGAAAUAUUGAGGAGUUGGAGGCUGUUGAUGCAUUCCGUCAAUCUCUAAUUUUAGAUGAAUUGUUGCCUGCAAAGCAUGAUGAUUAUCAUAUGAUGCUGAGGUUUCUUAAGGCAAGGAAAUUUGAUGUUGAGAAAGCAAAGCAUAUGUGGGCUGAAAUGCUUCAGUGGAGAAAGGAUUAUGGCACUGACACUAUCAUAGAGGACUUUGAGUAUUCUGAGUUAAAUGAAGUUCUACAAUACUAUCCUCAUGGUUAUCAUGGGGUAGACAAGGAGGGAAGACCUGUUUAUAUUGAAAGGCUUGGAAAAGUUGAUCCUAGCAAACUAAUGCAGGUGACAACUAUGGAGCGUUAUUUAAGGUAUCAUGUGAAGGAGUAUGAGAGGAGCUUUUUAAUUAAAUUCCCAGCUUGUUCAAUUGCUGCAAAGAAGCACAUUGAUUCAAGUACAACUAUCCUUGAUGUUCAAGGCGUGAGUUUGAAAAACUUCAGCAAGACUGCCAGAGAACUAAUUCAGCGAUUACAGAAGAUUGACAAUGACAACUACCCUGAGACCUUGCACCGAAUGUUUAUUGUCAAUGCUGGCUCGGGAUUCAGGUUGCUGUGGAACACUGUAAAAUCCUUUCUUGAUCCAAAGACUACUUCCAAAAUUCAUGUUCUUGGAGCAAGGUAUCAGAAUAAGUUGUUAGAAAUAAUUGAACCCAGUGAGUUGCCAGAGUUCCUUGGUGGCUGCUGUACCUGUGCAGAACAAGGAGGCUGCCUAAGAUCUGAAAAAGGUCCAUGGAAGGACCCAAAUAUACUGAAGAUGGUCCUCAAUGGUGAAGCACAAUGUGCCCGGCAGAUUGUCACCGUUUCAAACGGUGAAAAAAAGAUUAUUGCUUAUGCUAAGCCACAGUACCCAACAAUAAGGGGUAGUGAUACGUCUACUGCUGAGUCUGGAUCAGAAGCUGAAGACAUCACUUCUCCUAGAGCAGUGAGGAAUCAUAUAUCACAUCCUCGCUUGACCCCAGUACAUGAAGAGGCAAAAAUGGUUAAGGCAGCUAGUUUUUCUUCUGGUUUUCCAGAGUAUGAUGAAUAUGUUCCCAUGGUAGACAAGGCUGUGGAUGGCGGAUGGAAGAAAGAGAUCUCUAAUAAAAGGCUAUAUGCAUCCAAAGGACAAUGCUCUAACCCUGAGACACAUAAAUCUCCGCAAGGAGUUCGGGCUCAAAUAAUCCAAUUCCUUGUGACCAUCAUCGUGUACCUCUUUACACUGGUUUGUUCAGUCAGCAGUUGUGUGUCAAAGAGGCUACACAAUGAAGUCUCUGAAAGAGAUCAACAUGAUCCUAUGUUUUAUGUGGACCCCAUGGUCAAGGAGGAAUAUAGUCAUCCUUCACCUGCUCCUGCAUUUACCGAGGCUGACCUUCUUUCACGCCUUCUAGUAAGGUUGGGAGAGCUGGAAGAAAAGGUGAACAUACUUCAAGCAAAACCAUCUGAAAUGCCUUCAGAGAAAGAUGAAUUGCUCAAUGCAGCUGUUUGCCGUGUGGAUGCAUUGGAGGCUGAGCUUAUUGCUACCAAAAAGGCUUUGCAUGAAGCUCUUAUGAGGCAGGAUGAACUUCUUGCAUAUAUCGACCGUCAAGAGGAGGCUAAGAUGCGGAAAAAGAAAUUUUGCUUUUGAACCAAGAGGGCACAUAGAUGGCUUUCACAACAUCAAAUUCGUUGCUUUUGCUGCUCAAUGAAGCAUGAUUUCGGUGCCAAUCGAUGGAAACGCACCGGCUGCUGACAAAGACAGUGAAAUAACUUAUUUGACAACGAAGAUGAUGGACAGUCCAGAAGUAAAUAAUACCUUUUGACCUUUCUAUGUAAGCUUUCUAGGUAUGGUUAUUGGCUAUCAUAUAUCUCUUUCCACAACGAACUUGUUCUUUCUGCUGCUCCUAAGAUGAAACAUGAUCUUGAUGUGAAUUGACGAAUGAAUAUGGACAGUCUGAUAAGCAAAUAAAUAAUGCCCUUGAGAUAUUUUUAUAUGAGCUUUCUAGUUAUUGUUAUCGGCUAUCCUGAUCUUUGCAAGCUAUAGUGUGCACCUCCUCCUCAUGCAAUGCCGGCAGUUUCCUGGUCAUUACUAAAUUGUAAGAUAGCUUUUUUUUUUAUCUUUAACAAUUACUAGAUGUUGUGAUUGGAUCGACAGAUCCACGGACAGAUUAUUGCAUGCGUCAGACCAACGCUGGAAGGAGGGAGGGCACGUUCGUGUCAGAGCCCUAUCAGAUUUGACUAUCGGGAUAACCAACCAGUGAAGAACAUAUCUACCACCUUUUUUAUAAGAAUUCUUUUGAUUAAUUUCCUAUGGGGAAGGAAGGCCUCAUAAAAAAUGAUCUGCCCCAUGCGGGACCCAUGUGACCGGCCGAUUCCGGCUCCAAUCACGUCCGAGAGAUCUUGACGUAUGUGUUUUCAUUCGACAUUUGUCCUGUAUACCGCCGCGCUUAAAAUGUAAAAGCCGUGCACGAGGGAUGCAGCGCCAAAUUGGGAAAUCCAGCUCAUCGUGCACACUAUGUGCUGCCAUGAGUAGGGGGUGCUUAGGUAGUUGUAUGGGUCUCCGUCUCUCCUUACCCGAUUCUUGGCCGUCCUUGGUCGUCUAUCUCUCUCUCUCUCUCUCUCUCUCUCGCCUCAGUCGUUGCAUGGAGAUCGGAAUUCCCUAGUCCCGCCCCAAGGGUUGUCUUCCUCCUCUCAUCUCUUCCACAAGGUGUAGAUGCCAAAGCAAAGGAGAUCGUGCGCCUUAGUCGUGGGAUGGCGAUCGGAAUCCCCAAGUCCCGCCCCAAGGGUUGUCUCCCGCCUCUCAUCUUGCGUUGGAUCUCAGGUUUGUACUAGAUGGAUCUGUCAAGAACAAAAAUAAAAUAGAACAAUCAAUCGAAAUUCUUUUUCCUGUCUUAA